AAUAUUCAUGAGCGAAGCCUCCGCCAUAGUACGGUUCGUAAUUACGCGACCCUCCCACACUCUCGUUCUCCGUUCAUCAGCGGCUGUCCUCAGCAUCCCCUUGCUCUGUAAUGAUGGUGUGCGUGGAUGCUGCUGAUGCGGCGGUGCCUGGGGCCUAAUCCACCGGUUACCGGGAAACCCGAGAGACGAGGACGCGAGGGGUUGGGCAGUAUGAGCCUUUCCUUUAACGACCGGUUACCGGAUCACUGCUGUAUCUCAUGUCAGUUUGUUUGCUCGCGUGAAGCCGAGGAAUGAAGUGCUGCAACCAUGAUGCAAGGACUGAAAAAGCGUACCCGAAAGGCCUUCGGGAUACGGAAGAAAGAAAAGGACAGUGACUCCACUGGAUCCCCAGACAAAGACAAAUCUAAAAAAGCCAAUGGUGCACCUAAUGGUUUCUACGGUGAAAUCGACUGGGAUCGAUAUAACUCUCCUGAUGUGGAUGAUGAGGGUUACAGCGUUAAACCCGGAGAACAAGGUGGAACAGCUUCAAAAGUCAAGACGCUCUUCUCCUCCAGUGAGUCAGAGGGAGAGGAGGACCAUGGGAAGAAAUUUAAGAUCAAGAUCAAGCCGUUGACAGCAAACAGUGGAAACUGCACAGUGUCUACUAUGGAUGAGCUGAAGGCCUCAGUAGGGACGCUGGCGAUCUCUCCUUCUCCUCUGAGAAAGAGUCCGAGGCGAAGUCCAUGCCAGAUGAAGCGAAACCUGUCAAAUGAGGAGAUUGCCAGACCGCGACGAUCUACUCCAACACCCACGACAACUCCAGGACCUGGUUCAGACCCGCCCAGAGAAAACACAACAGCGUUCUUCGGCCCACCGUUUGAGACCAAUUUUGAAGCACACAACUCAGAAGUGUUCCCGGUUGAGCCGGAGCUCUGGUGUCAGUCAACUUCUCUCUCCACCUGUGUUCUGAGCAGAUCUCUGCCCACUGGAGCUCCGCCUCCACUUCCUCCAAAGAACAUUCCUGUCACCCCACCUGGACGCAGUUCUAGUUCUGUAGAGUCCUCCGGUUAUUAUAGUGUGGUUCCUAGUGUCAGAGGAGAUGGAUCAGCUUCAAUCUGUCAGGAUGCCCCAUUAUCUGACCCAUCCAGAGGGGCAUUUAUGCCUGACUUGGACAGUGUUUUUGGGCCUGCUGAGACGCCCAGGUCUGGAUCAGAUGUGGUGCAGUGCAGCUGGGUGAGCUUCAGCGAAGGCUCUCCCGCCCGACCCCCUCCCCCAGACGAACCCGCCCCUUCUCCACCUCUGUCCUCUUCCCCCGCGGACUCACCCCCGACCUCACCCCUCCACCUGCCGCCUCCCGCCUCGCCCCCUCCCCCACUCCACUCCAUCCCGCCUCCAGAUUCACCUCCACCACCGCCACCCUCAGACUCUCCUCUGAGUCCUCCAGACCUCCCCUGCUGCUUUCAGCUCCCAGAGUCCGAGCCCGCCCAAGAGUCCCCCGUCACCCCCGCCAGCCCUGGACUGCCCUUCCUGCCAGCAGACCACCCCCCACAUGGAGCCAUACCUUCCCCUCUUGCCUUGAGAGAUGACAGCAGGAGAACCCCUGACCUGGUGGGCAUGAGGGACGAGAUUUCUGUGUUUGGCACAUCACCCAAAGACCUUGUAGCAGGAAGCUUCAGAGGAACCCCACCUCCACUGCCACCUCCUACUUACAGGAGUGUGGUGGGCUCCCCGGGGCCCGGCAGUGGGCCAUCAUCUCCCGCACGUGCUGGCACUCCCCUGUCUGCUGGCAGUCCGAUCCCACCUCUACCACCAAGACCAUCAUCACGACCUAAACUACCACCUGGAAAACCAAACCUAGCAGAUCUGGCCCGACCCUUCAGCCCCCCCAUCCACUCAUGGAGUCCUCCACCCUUCGCUCCUCUGGCCAGAGCUGAGAGCACCUCCUCCAUCUCCUCCGUCACCUCUCUGAGCGCAGCCUCCACACCUACACUAGGCCGAGAGCUCAACCUCUCUGUGUCAGUGUGUUCCAGAGGUCCGAGUCCUCUCACAAUGGGACCCCAGGACACUCUACCAGUGGCAGCUGCCUUCACGGAGACCAUCAGCGCCUACUUUAAAGGAGCAGAUCCCACUAAGUGUUUGGUGAAGAUCACUGGUGAGAUGGUGCUGUCUUUCCCAGCAGGGAUCACCAGACACUUCUCCUCUCAUCCCAGUCCACCAGUGCUGACCUUUACCAUCAGCCAGUACAGUCGGCUGGAGCAGGUCCUUCCCAACCCACAGCUUCUGUGCUGCGACACCACGCCACCUACAGGUGAUUCGAAGGAGUUCUGGGUCAAUAUGUCAAACUUGUUGAGUCACCUGAAGAAAGUGGCUGAGCAGAGGCCACAGGCCACGUAUUACAACGUAGACAUGCUGAAGUACCAGGUGUCCACUCAAGGCAUCCAGUCCACUCCGCUGAACCUUGCGGUGAGCUGGCGUGGUGAUGCCAGCAGUACAGACCUCAGGAUAGACUAUAAAUACAACACAGAGGCCAUGCACAUACCCACACCGCUCACCAACAUCCACUUCAUGGCAGCUGUGGACGGCGGCGUGAACAAACUGCAGGCUAUGCUCCCACCUGCCACCUGGAACCCAGAGAUGCAGAAAAUAACGUGGAAGAUCCCAGAGCUCUCACAGAGGUCUGAAAAUGGAGGGGUGGGCGCUCUUCUGGCUCGCUUCCAGCUAGCCGAGGGUCCCAGCAGACCUUCUCAGCUGGCGGUGCAGUUCACCAGUGAGGGCAGCACUCUGUCUGGCUGUGAUUUUCAACUCCUAGGUUCAGGCUACAGACUCUCCCUGGUUAAAAAAAGGUUUUCUGCAGGUAAAUAUCUGGCAGACAACUGACCUGGCCACAGUGAUGUAGGAUGGACUGUGAGUGGGAUGUUAGGAUGCUCUUUUGGCACUACAAAGACUUUCGAAAAUGUUUUUAUUGAAAUACAGCACUCAAAAUCUCACGUAUAAUGUCUGGUGUAGAAUAUCAUCAGUGCGUUCUGUGGGUGUGUGUAUGUGAAUAUUAGUAAAUAUUUUGUGUGUAUAUGAUAAAACUUCAGGACAAAUGCAAUACGUGGAAUUUUUUCGCUGGGUUCUUGCAGAAGGCAGAGUUUCCUUUUUCACUAUUGCACAUUCUCUCUCUGCCCAUUACAAUCUAAUGAUACCAGGGUUCACAUACGGAACACACCUGUCAGCAGUGUUUGGUUUUCUUUUAGCUAUUUUGACAGAUUAUAAACAAUACAAUUCAACUAGCAUGAGGUCUCUCCCAAACAAUGCUACAGAUUUUGAGAUUCAGUUUGUUAACAUUAGUUAUUGCAUUAGGUAUCAUGAACUAACAACGAACAAUAUUGUUACAGCCUUUUUAAUUCUAGGUUAAUGUUCAUUUCUGCAUGUACUGUACACUACUGUUUAAAGUCAGUAAGUGUUUUUUUGUUUUGUUUUUUUAAGAAAUUAAUAUUAAUUCAGCAAGGAUUCACUCAGUUGUAACUUUCUGUUCAUCAAAGAAUCCUGAAAAAAAUGUGUCCUGUUGAGCUGUACAACUGUUUUCAACAUUGAUAAUAAUAAUAAUAAUAAUUCUUUCUUGAGCAUCAAAUCAGCAUAUGUGACCCUGGACCACAAAACCAGUCUUAAGUGUCAAUUUUUCGAAAUUGAGAUUUAUACAUCAUCUGAAAGCUGAAUAAAUAAGCUUUCUGUUGAUGUAUGGGUUGUUAGGAUCGGACAAUAUUUGGCCGAGAUACAACUAUUUGAAAAUGUGGAAUCUGAGGGUGCAAAAAAAUCCCUAAGUUCUUAGCAAUGCAUAUUACUAAUCAAAAAUUAAGUUUUGAUAUAUUUACAUUAGGAAAUUUACAAAAUAUCUUCAUGGAACAUGAUCUUUACUUAAUAUUCUAAUGAUUUUUGGCAUAAAAGAAAAAUUUAUAAUUUUGACCCAUACAAUGUAUUUUUGGUUAUUGCUACAAAUAUACCCCAGCGACUUAAGACUGGUUUUGUGCUCCAGGGUCACAUAUAUAUAUAUAUAUAUAUAUAUAUAUAUAUAUAUUAAAAUAGAAAACAGUUAUUUUAAAUUUGUAUAAUAUCUUGAUGUUUUUAUUGUAUUUUUGAUUAAAUAAAUUGAAAUAGAAUUUUUUUUAAAUCUUACCGACCUCAAACAUUUUGAGUCAUAGAAAUUAACAUUAAUUAUGAGCAAAAUAUGAAUUAGCUAUGUUAGUAAAUUUAUGAAUUAACAUUAACCUAGAUUAUUAAUGCUGUAAAAAUGUUGUUCGUUAUUAGUUUAUGAUGCGUAAAACCAAUGUUAGAGAAUUAACCCUUAUUGUAAAGUCUUACCAUGCUACAAUUAGAGACCGGUUAGAAAUGAUGAGAGAGAAAUACAGAGACAUGCUUCCACAGAAUAUUCUCCUCAGUAUCAUCUCAAAUGCCUCUAGCGUCAGUGUUAAUGUUGAUUUGAUGUUAUUGGUGAAUGCAUGUUAGAGUGCAUCACUUCUGUCUAGUUGGCCCGUAGCCCUUUGUUAAAUUAAGUGCUUAAACAUGGAUGUAACUGACAUUCAUAAUUCAUGCAAAAAGUGAUGCCUACUUUUAUUUUCUUUUUUUAAUCAUUUAUUUAUGUAGACAUUUUAGGGAAAUGAAACUCCAUUUGUGUCAGGGAUGCAGAAUUCCUUAAAUCGAAAUAAACUUAAGGAAUUGGUCAAAUAUAAACAUUUUUCCUUUUGGUUUUCCACAAUGUGGAUUUAAUUUUCCCAAAUCAUUGUACUGUAGCAAUAUUUAAAGAUAAUGUGUAAAAAUGUAAAAUAGAAAUUGUUAUACAUGUAUCCAAAUGGAUAUAGUUUCUAUGUCUUUCCUGUCAAGUUAUUGUUAGCAUUUACAGUUCAUGACGGCACUUUAUUUUAAUUUAUUAAUUUGUUUAAAAUUCACAGAAUUUAUUUUAUGCCUAUUUUGUGGUUUGUAAUGGAUUAUGAACACUCGGACUGUUUUUAUUGUUGAAAACGGGAAAGAAACAGCAUUUUAACUGACUAGUACAGAAGAACAUUUAUCACAUCCUUUCAUUUAUCACUUCCUUGUACUGUAUUGUGUUGAAAGUAAGGAAAUGUUCAUCUUUAUUCUCAAUGUUUUUGUUUGCUGAGCUAUAUAGACUUUGUCACAAGACUUAUAUGUGGAUCAUUGCCUUUACAGUUGUGAGAGUAUCCAUCCAUCCAAGUGUGUAGAAACUUACAGUGUCUAAAAAAUAUCUCUAGUUGAAGAGAUAUAAUUUAGAAAUACACAUGACAUUCCUGGAUCAUUUUCGGUCAUGUGGGUCGGCUAACCUGGGUUUAGUUAAGUGUCAUAUUAUUUCUGCCAUUCAUUAAGUGUACUUUAUUUCGGUGGUUUGGAGGCCUUACCUUACCCAAAAAGUGGAGGGAUUGAAAGACAGCUGCUGCUUGUGGAUGGUUUAUUCCAGUUAAAACAUGUCUCCAUCUCUCAUUUUAUAUAUAUAAAAAAUGUACUUAUUACUUUUUAUCCCACAGAUGUUGUUGUAUUGUGUUUGUCAGCUAUCUUGCAUCUUGUUCAUACAUCGUUCAGAAAAUGGAAUAUGCAAACAUUUCAUGCAUAGAGUAACCUCUCCCCAGAUUUUAAGAGAAUAUAGAGACUGAAAAUGCUAAAUAUAUCAGAAGUGAAAAUUAUGUAAUGUCUUAAAAAAUAAAAUCAAGAAAUUCAU